AUGUCAUCCUCAAUCAGACACCUCUCCCACCAAACCGCUCCCUCUCCACCUCUCCCAUCCCGGACCUACGACUCUCACAUGCACAUCGUCUCCCCAGACACCACCCGCUACCCCUUUUCCCCAUCGACAACCUACACGCCCGCACCUCACACCCUAGAGGACAUGACCGCCUUCUAUAGCGCCCUUACUCCCUCCUCACCCUCUCCCGCUCGAUCAGAUCCGGGGCAAACUAUUCACCCAGUCUUCAUCCAGCCCUCUCCCUACGGUACGGACAACUCCCUCCUCAUUGCUGCCCUCGAAGACCUCAACUUCGACUCCACCACCAGCAGCGGCCUCGCACGAGGAAUCGUCGUGAUCGACCCGCAAAACCCACCUCCAACCUCCACGCUCCAGAAAUGGCACGCCCUUGGCGUCCGGGGCGUGCGCAUUAACCUCGUCUCCGUUGGCCGCAAGCUGUCCCCUGCAGAACUCGAAGCCGAAUUGAUGGCGUACGCAGACAUCAUCCGUCCGCUUGGCAAAGGGUGGGUGCUACAGCUGUACAUCUCGCUAGACUCGAUCCCAGCUCUCGAAGAGAUCGUACCGAAGCUGGGUGGUGAGAUUGGGGAUGAGGUCAGGGUCGUGAUUGAUCAUUUGGGUAGUCCGACCCUUCCCGCAAGCUCAAGCACAACGGCGUCAACAGCAGAGGGCCCCCCGCCAGUCGAUCCCACAACCCUGCCGGGCUUCGACUCUUUGCUGAGGUUGUUAGAAGCUGGGAACACCUAUGUCAAGAUUUCCGGAACAUACCGCCUCACCAGGAAUAGCAUCGACAUCAACAACCCUUCCGAUACUGACCGGAUAGUGAAAGCCCUGCUGAAGAGCCGGCGUGGGGAGCGGUGUGUAUGGGCGAGCGAUUGGCCACACACACGGUUUGAGGCAAAAGGGAUUGACACUGGGAAAUGGAUCAGUAGAUGCUGGGACUUGAUGCGUGAGACUGUACGGGAGGAGACUGGUGCAGGAGGCGAAGAGGUGGAGAGGGAAGUGCAGCGGAGAGGCGAAUUAUUGUUCUGGGGAAAUGCGGAGCGUUUGUGGAAUUGA